AUAACUGCAAAUUAACGUCCCAUUAUAUCUGUUUCUGUUUAUUUUGGCGGCACCAAAACCGCAACUUCCCACUCACUCACUACUAUCCACUCUUCCACUUAAUCUAACCUCUCUCCAAACACUUCCUACUAUUUAGCACUUAGCUUCUUCUUCUUCCACGACAAGUCUUCACUUUGAGACAUUUUUUGUUCCAAAUCAAACAUGGGGAGCUAUGUUGGCACCCCUUUUUCUUUGUCUAGUCUCAUGUGUCAUGAACAAGAUGAAUCCACUCUCAUCUUUGAAGAAGAUGAAGAUGAAUCCACUUUCUUCAUCAACUCAUCACUUGAUAAUAAUAACAAUAACCCUUGGUUUCUUUUGGAUGAUGAAGAAGAAUACAUUCAAUAUUUGUUCAAACAAGAAACAGGACUUGGAUUUGGAUCCAUCACUCAUUUUUUAUGCUAUGAUGAUCAUGAUGUUGAAGUUGAAGAUGAUGAUUCAAGCAAAAGCUUAUUCUGGUUGAGAAAUGCUCGUUUGCAUGCUAUUGAUUGGAUUUUCAAUACACAAGCUAAAUUUGGAUUCACAGUUCAAACAGCUUAUUUAUCAAUCAAUUAUUUUGAUCGGUUUCUUUCAAAACGAUCCAUUGAUGAAUCAAAACCUUGGGCUAUUCAAUUGUUGUCAGUUGCAUGUUUAUCAAUUGCAGCAAAAAUGGAAGAACAAAGUGUUCCUCCACUGUCAGAAUAUCCAAUAGAAUAUCGAUUUGAGAACAAAGUUAUCAAGAACAUGGAACUUUUGAUUUUGAGUACUUUGGAAUGGAAAAUGGGAUUACCAACCCCUUUUGCUUAUUUACAUUAUUUCUUCACCAAGUUUUGCAAUGGAUCAAGAUCAGAAACAAUAAUCACAAAAGCCACACAACACAUUGUGACAAUGGUCAAAGAUUUUAAUUUGAUGAAUCAACGACCAUCUACAAUUGCUUCUGCUUCUAUAUUAGCAGCUUUUGAUUCCACGUUAACCAAAAAGGAAAUUGAUCUUCGGAUUAGUUUAGUCUCAUCAUGUGGAAAUCUAGAAAGUGAGCAUGUAUUUUCAUGUUACAAUGUUAUACAAGAAAAGAUUAGAGACAAAGUUAACAAGACGCCUUCAUCGGAUUUAUUAUCAACAGAAUCAAAUUCCACAUGUGUUGUUGUUGAAAACAAAUUUAAUGCUUGUGUAGGAGUUAAGAGAAAGCUUAGUUAUGAGGAGAUGAACAUUGAAGAUUUUCCACCGGGACAAAAGCUACGUCAACCUUAAUUAGUUUGUGAUUUUUAUAUACAAGAAAAUUAAUUUGAUUGGUGUUUAUUUAAUUGCUGAUUGGAUUAUUAUAGCCUAUAUGAUUUUUUUUUUUGUUUCUAUUGAGAAAUUAUUAUUGUUUUUUAGUAGAAUGAUUUGGUAUUGAUUUAGUACCCAACAACAAAAAAGUUUAUGCAAGUGACUACCAAGAAGAUAGGGGAAAAAAAGGAAGAGUAAAUAAAUAAAUGAAAAGUUGUUAUAGCUUUUGUUUAGCCAAUGGUAAGUGAUGAAUUGGUGAUUGAAAGUUCACAAGGAUUGUGGUGGUGAAGUGAAAGAUGUUACAUAAGUGGAACACAAUUUAUUAUUAUUCCUAGUGAUAGUGUUUGCUUUUACAACUGUAAUUUCUUUUUGUAUUUUUUCUUUCACUUAUUAAUUAAAUUAUUUUGUUGUGACUAGAAAUAUUGAAUAGUUGAAUACUACUACUUGCACUUGGGAUA